ACAUAACUAACAGUCAGUUUAGAUUCGCUCGAAGGUCUUCCAUAACUUAAAGUCUAAUCAUUUAUUUUAUCCUUAGCUAAUACUAUAUAGUUCAUAUUGUCCCUAUCUAUAUAUAACAAUACCGUAUUGGUUGAAUCAUUAAAGCUAGCAUUACAUACCCGCGUACGGCCUCCACAAGCGUUACGCCCUAAUGUGAACUUAACAUCCAAUUUUUGCAAAUGAAUAAUUAUCGAACACAAGUGAACUGAAGCAAUCUGCAAUCACCAGUAUUUAAGCUACUAUUGGACAAUACCAAACAACUAAUGAAUUCACACUUUCAUCCAAUCAGUUUCAGGUUUAAUUUCGUUGUCUGAUUGGAUGAUUUUGAAAAUAUCGAUCUAGAAAAGGAAAUACUUUUUUUUAUUAGAUUUGCAAAAUCUUAGAAUAAACAACUCUUGCUGAUUGUCCAUUAAAUGAAUGAAGAGAAUACUUUACACCUUGAUAUGUUUGAUUUGUGGUUUCACCUUGUUUCUAUGCUUAAUAUUUCACCAAUUGUUAUCAUUUUCUGUUGCGAAUAUCCCAAUGCCCCACUCUAGGAUUGAUUCGGAACUUGCAUUAUUCAUUACAAAUGAAUUAUCUCGACUAUUAAGUCCAGACAUUCCAACAGUGGAAGAUGUCGGUGAUACUGUAGUGAGAGCUUGGUUUAAACAUGAAAAAGAAUUUUGUCUAAAAGUUUUGAAUGGUACUCAUCAUUUGUUCAAUAGUGAAGGAUGUCGAAAUAGUUGUCUUAUUUCAACUCAACCAUAUAGUCGACGUAAUGUCAUUAUUAUACCAUAUCGAAGUCGUGCAGAACAUUUGAUGAAACUAAUUCCACGUCUGGUUGAAUUACUGACAAAACAGAAUCUAUGUUCUUUGUUAAUUGUUUCUGAACAGAUUGAUCAACAACCAUUUAAUAAGGGAAUAGUCAUGAACACUGCAUUUGUGGAAGCAUUGAAUUGGUUGCCGUUUCAUUGUGCAAUAUUUCAUGAUGUUGAUCUAAUGCCAAUGAACAAUGAGAUUGAUUAUACGUGCUCAAUCUAUCCUAAACAUAUAAGUGUAAGCGUAGAUAAAUUUCAAAACAGGCUCCCUUACAUUGAACUAAUCGGUGGUGUUUUAUCCAUUCCACUUAAAGCCUUUCUUCGUGUCAAUGGGUAUUCCAAUUUAUUUUGGGGUUGGGGUGCAGAAGACGAUGAUAUGUAUGAGAGGCUUAUGGUAAAUGAAAUUCCUGUCAUACGUCCUGAUCCAAAUGUAGCACAAUUCACAAUGCUCAAACAUAAACCAAGUCUUGCAUUUCAUUCAGCCUUGAGAACUCAAAUAUUAUCUUUCACAAAAGUAAGAUAUCGCCUUGAUGGAAUCAACAGUUUAAAUUACACACUUGUUGAAUCACAAAUAAAAUUAUAUAAUCAAUUUCACAGUUUACUGAAUAACGAUGAAGUAACUAAAACAACACAUUUUUUACAUGAAAACAACACUUUCAGAUCAAUUUCAAAAUUAAAUUAUCCAAUUUUGCAUCUAAAAAUUGAUGUUGGUAAACCUCCAGUUGAGUUCAUUAGGGAAGAUAAUUCUACAUGAAAAAACCAAGCCAGUACAUAGAGAAGAAAAUUGUAACUUGGAUUUUCAUUUGCUCACAAACACAAUUGUCCAAUCGAGUAAUUAAGAGCAAAUAAUGAACAACAGUGACAGACACUGACAAAUUACAGAUUAUGGAUGAAGACCGUACAAACCACAGAACCAGUCAUUCCUAUACUAUUGGUAAGUACGUAUGUAUCAAUCCUUUGUCAAUCAAUAGAAUUACAAUGAGCCGAUAACCAACGAGGCCAACAAAUCAUAAUUUAGCCACUUUGACAACAUAACGAAGAGUCAAUUACUUUUCGGGAGAACGAUUGUAAAAAGCCUCCAAACUCAUUGGAUUUAUUCUGCGGUGGCGAGAUAUCAGUCUUUAAUAUUGAUUAUGAUGGUGAUGGUGAAGACUAAUAGCACGGAACGAAUCGAUGGAUUAUUAAAAAUAAACAUUACUGGUUAACAUGCAUAAUUCAUAGACUUCGUCCCUUAAUCAAAAUUGAAGCAAGGAUAGCUACUUUGAUUGUCGUUCUCGCUUUCAUUAAUAAAUAUCUACACAUUAAAAAACCAAAAAAUACAAGUGCACAAUAUUUAGUGUAAUGAAGCAUAAGUGUAUUUAACGCAUGAUUUCAUGUUAGAU